AACCCGGAAGUGAUUAACGGUAGCAUUAAAUGAAGAUGUAGUUGAACACAUGUUCUCUAACAGAAAGCGCUCCGCUCAUUUUGUAGCAUGCAAACAUGUAAUUCUGUUCGAAUCAACGAUUUGGUAUGAGACAAGUUUGUUUGCAUCGUUAAAGAUAAAUUAAAUGGCUUCGAUUAAAUCUGAUUUCUGGUUUGCAAUCUAUUUGUCAUAACAUUCUGAAGCGCGGUGCAAAGGUAUGAAAAGGAGUAGAUUUGAAGAAGACUCUGGAACAGUACACUCGGUUCGAGACACUGGGCUGCGAGCAAACAAGCUCCCUCGAUCAGAGGUUGAAAAGAUUAUUUCAAAUAAAGUAAGGACUGCAAUUGAGCUGUCCAACCACAAGAUGAAAGAUCUUAUGGGGAGAAUAAGUGAGGUGAAGAGUGAACCCAGAUACGAUGCAAGAAUACAGAAACUGGAAGCACAUGUGAUGAAGAUAAAACGAAGGGGAGAUGCGGUAUUUGCAUAUAUCCGGAAACUCAGAUCCUUGGGGAGUCCGUCUCUCCCUACUGUACUUUACGGUGCUGCUUCUGGGCAGCCACAGCAAUGCAUCUCUGCAGCUGAACCAAGAAUCAGUAGCAUGUCCAGAGGUUUACUCAAUGGAGGAUGUUCCAGUGACCGAACUUCAGUUUCAUCAGCAGAUAAUAACUGUGAAGUAGCAGCUUUGAAAAGACCCAAGAAGGGGUACUGGGAAAGUCUGCAGUCAAAGGAACUGGUUGUAGACCUUACAGAGGAAGACGGAGGUGGACCAAAUGAAAAGAUCCUUGUUACCCAGCUAUUGGAUCAAAGAAUGAAACCUCCAGAACGAUCAAAACCCCCAAGCACACCACCCACAUCCAUGAAAGCAGUGGAGGAGGACACUGUCAGUUCUUCAGUGCAAUUUGAAGAGGAGGACUGGCACUCCAAACUCCCUCCCUUCCCGGAGACCCCAUUUCCCAAGGAGCUUCCAGUUGCAGCUGCCUCUCACAACUUGCCCCAGAAGCCAGUGGUGAAACUAGCACGAAUUGGACGUGCACAAGAAUUGGGCAUCGCAUGGAACGUUGAUGUGAAAGACCCUCAUGCUGCUGAAAUGGACACCUAUUACAUCUAUGUUGCUCAUGAACUCAGAAAUGGCACUUUUGCAGAAUGGAAGUGCCUCGGAGUGAUCAAAGCCAUGCCUCUUCCUAUGGCUUGCAAAGUCUCGGACUGCAGAGCAGAUAAAAGACUGUGUUUUAUCGUCGUGGGGAGAGACAUAUUUGGACGUUAUGGGCCGUACAGUGAUGUACAUAUUGUUGGACCGGGACAAAAAUGAUUUAGGCAUAUCUUUACCGUGGUAUGCACUGUAUAAUAGUACUUGAAGUUCUGAUUUUCAUAACUCUUGUGUACUAAAUUUCUUUUUGUAAAGUAUUUUCAAUGUUUUGUGGGAUAAACAUUUGAUACGAAUUUAAACAACAGUACAACCUCAUUGAACAGACUAGUCGACUGAAAAUUGACGUUUUAUAAUUUACUAUCUCAAACAGUAUUAAGAAUCUGACAUUUUGUUUUUAAUGGGUUAAAUUAACAACCUGAUUUCAUUUGUUCAGUUCUUUAGUGACAUUAGUCAACAAAGCAGUCACUAGCCAGAAUAGACAGACAGGAGUAAAAUCUGAUUAUUCAAGUCCAAUUUAAGUGUUAGAAAACCAUUUCAAAGACACCACAUAUUUCUUGUGAUAACUGCAUUUGUUGAUUCUGUGAGAUGAGAAUAAAAUGUUUGACACACAUUAAAAUGCAAUCCAAGUAUACAAAUGCUUUCUGUAAUUUGAAGUCUAAGUUAAGUCUUAAAUUUUGGACCCAAGUUUCCAUCUGUGGUGUUUGGUGCUACAGAAAGUAAGUCUCAAACUGCUUUGUAAUGUAAAAUACAUUUAUUUGAUUAAAAAACAAGAAACAUAUUGAGCCCUUGGUGGGUUCAGUCUCUGGAAACAAAGAAGACCUGAACAAGUCAGCAGACAUUUAAAAAAAAAAAGCUGCCAUUGUGGUUUCAUUCCAAUUUUAAAAGCCUUCAGUAAUUUUCAUUAAAACCUUCUUAAAAGUGAGCAAUAAAGAAACUUGUUCAGAACUGUUGAAAUAAUACUUCAUUACAAAAAAUAUUAACAGCAACAAUGCAGUUAGUCUUAAUAAAUACAGCUUAAUUUUACUUUUGCUUAAAUCAAUGUUAGUUAAAUGCUUUGUUUUUCCAUAAGCGGGUGUUAAAAGAUUAUUUAAAAAAAAAAGAUUGCAUAUAGGGGGGAUUGAUAAAACCAUUGGUGUACUUCACCAACAACAUCUUACUGGGAUAGUUCAGACAAAAAUUAAAAUGCUGUGAUCAUUUACUGACUUUCAUGUUGUUCCAAAACCGUAUUACUUCCACUGAACAAAAAAUAAGAUGUUAAGCAGACUUGACAGCCUUAGACAGCAUUCACGUUAAUUGUACAAUGAAAGAAGAAACAAUGAUGCAAUGAAAGUGAAUGGUGACUAGGACUAACAUAAUGCCCAACAUCUUUUUUGCUCUUUAGAAGAAAGAAGGUCAUAUAGGUUUGGAACAACACGAAGGUGAGUAAAUGAUUUCAGAAUUAUAAAUAUUUAUUUUUUGGGGUUGAAAUGUUGCCUUAAAGAAGUAGUUCAUCCAAAAUUGAAAUUCUCAUGAUUUAAUAACCCUAAAUGACUUUUUUUUUUUUUUUUUUUCUU